AAUGGUUUGAAACUAGAAGAAAAAACGAUGUUGAGAAUUUGCAUUCUGGUACACAUGUUUAUUUUCCUGAUACCUUGCGACGCAAUGUAUAUAACUAGUUCUUGCAAGGAGAUUUCAAACUGGAAAAUAAAACAACAACUUGGAUAUAAUCCACGAGAAUCGGACAUGUCCUUCCACAUUAUUCCACAGUUUAAAAAGAUGCAGCGGAGCUCCAUCAGUGACAAAUCACACGAGCAAUUUACCAGACUGUUUGGCAACAGCACGUGCCCUUCCGAGUUGAACACCAGUGCGUUUUCCGUGAUGUUCCGGUCCAGCUGUCCAUGGUACAUCGAACUCUCCGUGGAUAAGACAAGAAUCCCCGUAACAAUGGCGAAAGCACGAUGCAGGUGUAAGGACUGUCAGACGAAGACCCGCCCACAUCCGGACUUCUCCUGUGCAGCAGUGAAGACUUACCGGAGAGUGUUGAGGGAAAUUCCGAAUCAAUGUGACAAUGAAGGUUUUAAGAUGUACACCUCGGAUGUUGAAGAAGUGCCCGUAGCAUGCACUUGUGUGGCAACAAGAACACGGAUUUAAUUUUUAAAAAUUUUGAAAGAGGCUUAGACCAUGCUUCGACAGAUCAACUAUAGCUAAAUAAUAAUAAUAAUUUUUUUUUAACGUUUUUUUGUUGUUGUAAAUCUUUUAAAACUUUACUGAAUACAAAUUCUUUAUAUAUCCGUAAAUCGUAACUUCAUUGGCGUGAUAAUGUUUUGCUACAUUAUUUAAUAAAACAUGAGAUAAUGAAUUUUUUU